AUGGUUUCUAAGAAUAAAUCCUGGAUCAAAAAAUCCGAAAAUAUACUCCUAACGCUGACGAUGGCAGGUGUAUUUCUAGGCGUAUUAGUCGGUGGAGCCCUCAGAUAUGCGGAACCUAGCCCAGAAACAAUACGAUACAUCGGUUUCCCCGGUGAACUAUUCAUGAACAUGCUAAAAUGCAUGAUUUUGCCAUUAAUUGUUAGCAGCUUAAUAUCCGGUCUCGCGCAACUUGAUGGUAAAACCUCCGGCAAAGUCGGGUCGAGAGCGAUUAUUUAUUAUGCCCUAACGACGACGCAUGCUGUGAUUCUCGGAAUUAUUUUGGUGCUUAUCAUCCAUCCCGGAAACCCGGAUAUAAAAGCUAGUGCGCAACAAACCGAUGAGAUUGAGCUUUUGAAGAGCGAAGUGAGCUCGGUAGACAAGUUUUUGGAUUUGAUUAGGAAUAUGUUCCCGGAGAAUAUAAUCCGGGCCACAUUUGAGCAGCAGCAGACUGUUUAUCAUGUUGUUCAUGCAGUGAAUGGGACAGUUUUGAAAAAGGUCCCGAAGAUUGAAUAUACAGCUGGGAUGGAUAUUUUAGGGCUAAUCGUAUUCUGUAUCGUUAUGGGAGUUGUUAUUUCGAGAGUAGGAGCCCCCGCACGACCUCUUGCCGAUCUUUUCAAAGCUAUAGAUUUGGUGAUUACAAAGAUGGUUACCGCAAUUUUAUGGAUUGGCCCGAUUGGAAUUGCUUCCCUGAUUGCUAGCAAAAUGCUCAGCGUUAACGAUAUUAUUGGAACCGUCAAAAUGCUUGGCCUCUACAUGCUUACUGUAAUUCUAGGUCUUGGAAUCCAGACAUUUUGCACAUUACCCCUGAUCUAUUUCCUGGCUACAAGGAAAAAUCCAUAUACCUAUCUGGCCGGGCUUGGUCAAGCUUGUUUAACAGCACUCGGUACUUCAUCUAGCGCUGCCACAUUGCCAGUAACGUUUAAAUGCUUAAAUCAAAUUGGAGUUGAUCCAAGGAUAACAAAAUUUGUACUACCCGUCGGCUCGAUGGUUAAUAUGGAUGGAACUGCCCUCUACGAAGCGGUAGCCUCAAUUUUCAUAGCUCAAAUGAAUGGGCUUCACAUGUCGAUCGGGAAUGUUAUAAUUGUCAGUGUAACCGCCACCCUAGCGGCGAUUGGUGCAGCUUCAAUCCCGUCAGCGGGUCUCGUAACAAUGAUGAUUGUAUUGACAGCACUUGGUCUUCCUGUUGAAGAUAUUACGAUGAUUAUUGCUGUCGAUUGGUUUUUGGAUCGACUCCGAACCGUUGUCAAUGUCUUGGGGGAUGCUUUUGGGUGCGGUUUUGUAGAACAUCUUUGUCGGGAUGCUUUAGAGGAAGUGGCUGAUCAACCAGAUAUGGAUGAUGUACUCCGAGAACAUGGAGUUGAUGUCGAAGAAUUCCAUCGUCAAGAAUACCAACUACCGGAAAUUAAACUUAAUGACCUAAAUGUGACAGAGCCAAAACAAGAGGAAAAGCUUGUCACUGAUCCGGAAACUGGUUUCCGCUACUCAUGCGAACGCCAACCUUACGUUUUGUUCUGUAAAAAUGACUCACUACCCACUCAGCAUACGAUAAGAUGGUAUAAAAAUGGGGAUCAAUGUGAUUACUAUCCAUGGGGAUACUGUCCAGGAGAUCUUGUUAUCCAAUCAACAACACUUCGAACCAAAAAGGCAUGUGAUGAAUUGUGUAUUAAUGGUAUCGACCCUACAAAAGAGAAAAUGAUGAAGGAAUCGGAAAUGGAAGAGCCAGCUGAGAGAGAUCAAGAUAAUUUGAAUGAAAAACCAGUAGAUACCAAAGCCCCAGGAAAUCUAACUUCCGGGGUUGACCCUGUCCCUGAAGAAAAGCAGAAAUGGACCGAUUCAGAUAACGGCAAAGCGCCGAAUUCUAUCGAGGCUGGACCGGAAGAAACCGAGAAAGUAGAAAUGGAAAAACUGCAGAUGAAUAAAGACGAGGAUGAUGAUGAUUUUGACGACGAAGAAGAUGAAGAUGAGGAUGAAGAGGAGGAAGAUCAAGAGAAGGACAAAUCGUCAAUUCCCGAAUCGGAAGUUGGGGCUGGGAACAGUACGCAGUCAGCUCCCGUUGACAGAAACUCGACUAGCUCGGAAUUUCUUACAGAAGCAGGAAAGGAAAAGGAAGAUCCUGGGUACGAUGGAGAAGCGUCUAAAGCAACUGAGGGUUCGGAAGAGAAACCUGGAAGCGGAGAAACAACUGCGUCAAAGUCCGAAGAUUUAACGCAUGCCGUUGCGCAUGUGGAAGAAGCUCAUAAUUCUAGCACAAUGCAAGAGAAAGCCAUGAACACCGCAGAAAUGGAAAUUGAUUUGGCAAAAAUCGAAGAUGCCAGCAAAAUGGAGGUGUCGGAGAAAUUGGAAGUCAUUCCCCCAGAAAUUGGCCAGGAUUAUGAAGAAAUUCCGCUACGUGUUAACAACAAUACGGUAAACUUCGACAAAUCAAGUAUGGGCGAUAUAACGGUUGACAAAGUUGGGAUCAAGAUUUUUGAGGAGGGGCGGGAUAUCGGGGAGCCAAUUUGCCACUAUUUGGAAAUGCGUACAGUUUGUGCUUCCGGUGGUCCUUCGCAAUUUACGUGGCGGUGGAUUAGGAAUUCUGAAGGGGAAUGUGUAUCGAUGCCAUUUGGAUAUUGUUGGCAAGAAGCCAAUGAGCCAGUCCCACGAACACCCGAUGAAUGUGAACGAUUGUGUGCAAAGAAAAUG